GGUGCGGGACCCACAGGCCUCACAGCCGCCCUUGUUCUCCUCCGCAACGGAAUCAACGUGCGCAUCGUCGAAAAGCUUCCUUCGUUCAAUCCCGGCUCGCGCGGUCCCGGCCUCCAGCCACGCACGCUCGAGCUCUUCCACCAGGCCAGGUUGCACGAUAUCAUCGAGGCUGGCCAGCCGUUCACUCCGAUUCGAUCGUACAAGCCUGGCACGAUGGAGCCCGACAAGGUCAUAGCUAUGGGAAAGACACAUGCGCCGACGCCGCACUACCCCUACGUGAAUGGGCUCGUGCUCGGCCAGCACAUGACCGAGCGCCUCCUUCGCGAGCACAUUGCGAAAUACAAUGUGCAUGUCGAGCUUGGUACCGAGCUGCGUUCGUUCGAGCAGAACGCGGACUACGUUACUGUCCAGCUCGUAAAGAAGCAGCAGGGUAGCGAGGAAGAGACAGUGGAGACGAUGCAAGCGCAGUAUCUCAUUGGUGCCGAAGGCGCGCGCAGCGCGGUGCGCAAGGGCCUCGGAUGCACGUUCCUCGGCGAAACGCGCGACGAAACACGGAUGAUUACAGGCGAUGUCCGUGUUGUGGGCGAGGGACUUGGGAGGGACCAUUUCCAUCGGUUUGGGGAAGUUCUGAAGAAAAGGUAA